GAGUCGCGUAAAAAUGACGCGUCUGACAUCUUCAAAAAACAGUUCGUAGCUAGAUAUGGCGGCGCUGCUACAAGGACUUCGAGUUGGAAGAGCCCUUCGAUGUCUUGGCAGCGUGGUGGUUCCAAAAACAUCCAGUCCCCAGUGUAAUGGCCUGAGACGAGGCUUGCACGGUGCUGCACUUCGGCUUCAGGAGGACAAGGAUAAGUCCAUCCCAGUCCCUACAUCCUCCACCGCAUCCCCGACUACAACUUUCCACGAACAUUAUCAAGCUCACCCAUCUGAACAUGACACAGCCACGUCAGCGCAGGAAGCUGCUACUGCUGAGGAGGCUCCCCAGCCCAACAUCAGUUAUGUAGACCAGAGUGGAGAACAAGGAGAAGACUAUGAAACAGAGGAGCAACUGCAAGUGCGCAUCCUUAAUGCUGCGCUGGACUUUGUGCCACUACAUGGUUGGACUGUUGAAGCCAUUUCAGCAGGAGCUGAGACCCUGGGUCUCUCAGCAGCCUCCAGUGGAAUGUUCCAGAAUGGGGCAGGGGACCUGGUCCUGCACUUCAUAGCUCAGUCCAAUACCCAGCUAACAAAGCAACUGGCAGAGCAUCACAAUCAGGUCCAACUUGGUCAGGCAGAACCAAAGAAAACUGCAGAGUUUCUUAGGGAUGCAGUGGAAACCAGAUUGAGGAUGUUGACCCCAUACAUAAAUAAUUGGCCACAGGCUUUGAGUAUUCUGUUUCUGCCACACAACAUACCAAACAGUCUGAAGCACCUCUCCACCCUGGUGGAUGAUAUCUGGUACUAUGCUGGAGACCGCUCCACAGAUUUGAACUGGUAUACAAAACGAGCUGCACUGACCGGGAUCUAUAACACCACAGAGCUGGUGAUGGUACAGGACUCCUCAGAAGACUUCCAGGACACCUGGAACUUCCUUGACAACCGCAUACAGGAUAUUGUCAACAUGGCCGACACCACCAAACGGGUGGCAUCCACAGGAGAAGCAGUGGUGCAGGGGCUUAUGGGAGCUGCUGUUACGCUGAAAAAUCUAACUGGAAUUAACCAGAGACGGUGAAACAAGAUGGCUAUUUCUGUUCCACCAUCCCCUCUAAUCUCUGCCAGUCAGGAGUUUGUGUUUCAAUUGGUUUUCCCUCAUACCCACUCCUAUCCCUUUUGUAUAAAGGACACAAAAAUGUGAUUGUAUUUGAAACAUUUUUUGUUCGGCUCCAUUGAGAGUUCAUAAAUAAAUUACAGAUUAAUUACAACAGAACAAUUUUCUAUUUGUUUUUCACCCAAAUUGAUUUAGGAUGAGGACAAAGCAUAAUCGGAAAGUGUCAACUAAGAAACAAAUCUUUAUUAGAUAUAUACUGUGUGUAUUAACACCUAUCUCUAGGAGUUCCUACAAUGCGUUAACAACACUGCAUGGAUUUUAUCUUGGUGCAAUUUUUUUUAAAUUUAGAACAUAUUUCUGGACGUCACGGGGUGUGACCCGGAUGUUAAAAAGAACCCGCCCACCACGACUGACCAAUCAGACUUUUGAUUUAUUUCGGCCAAUAAGCGGUAAGCAAUUUGAGGCCUUCCCGGUGGCGUUGUUUAGACCGACAAGACGUGUAAACUUUAAUGUAAAUUGCUUUUCUUAUACGUUAACCAUGCCGUAUGCAAACCAGCCAAUAGUGAAGAUCACAGAACUGACGGAUGAGAAUGUUAAAUUUGUCAUUGAGAACACCGACCUGUCGGUUGCGAAUUCCAUCCGACGUGUCUUUAUGUCAGAAGUUGCAACAAUAGCUAUUGAUUGGAUUCAAAUUGAUGCAAAUUCUUCUGUGAUCCACGACGAGUUUAUUGCUCACAGAGUGGGUCUUAUUCCCCUUACCAGUGAUGAUGUUGUGGACAAGAUGCAGUACUCCAGAGACUGUACAUGUGACGAUUUCUGCCCAGAAUGCUCUGUUGAACUGACACUGGACGUUCGCUGCACAGAGGACCAGACCCGCCAUGUGACCUCACGAGACCUGCUGUCCAACCACCCUCGAGUCAUUCCUGUGACCUCCAAGAGUCGAGACAAUGAUCCCAAUGACUAUGUUGAACAGGAUGACAUUUUGCUGGUGAAGCUUAGGAAGGGUCAGGAGCUGCGUCUCAGAGCUUAUGCCAAAAAGGGUUUUGGCAAGGAGCAUGCCAAGUGGAACCCUACAGCAGGGGUGUCCUUUGAGUAUGACCCAGACAAUGCACUGAGGCACACUGUUUAUCCACGGCCAGAGGAAUGGCCAAAGAGUGAAUACUCAGAGAUUGAGGAGGAUGAGGUGCAAGCACCCUUUGACCCCAAUGGCAAACCUGAGAGGUUCUAUUACAACGUGGAGACGUGUGGCUCACUGCGACCGGAGACCAUCGUCAUGUCUGCUCUGGCAGUGCUGAAAAAGAAACUGAGUGAUUUACAGACCCAGCUGAGCCAUGAAAUCCAGAGUGAUGUCCUCACGAUCAACUGAGUCCUGCAGUUUUAGCCAGUUCUACACUGCUCACAGAGAUCAGAAGCAGACCCAGUUCCAAAUGAUGGAUUUAUUUGAUGGUAGCAAAUUUGUGAUAUUGGCAGGAGAAAUGUUGAUCCAACCAUUUCAGCUCACCUACUGAUAUCAUCUGUUGUUUCUACAUCAUCACCAUAUUGUUUUGUCUACAUCUCUGCUUUGUAGAAGUUGUUUGCAGGAUUAUUUUUUUUAAAAUUGUAUAUUGUGGAAUUAACUUUUUCUUUUUUUUCCAAUAAACCCCCAUUUUCAUCCA